CAAAAGGUAAAAAAAGAAAAAUAGAGGUAUUGGACAUUACAAAUGAUGAAGAAGAUUUAGAACAUGCAGUUAUUGCACUUACUCCCAAGCGUGACACUCCAGCUCAAACUGCUCAAAUUUCAAAAAUCCAUGUACUAGAAUCAGAACUUAAUUCUGCCGUAACUAGACGAGAUGCAGGUCUUGGAGAUAAUUUAACAGAACAAAGAAUAAAAAAGUUACGUGAAACUUUGGAAUGUGAAAAUAAAACAUUGGAUAAAUUAAAACGAAACGCUGAUAGACAAAAAGAAUUCAGACAAACACGAAAAAAAAAUCUUGAUAAACUUCAGAAGAAUGAUAAAAAUAUUGCAAAAUUAUUAGGAAUUCGAGAUGAACCUGGACGACCCAGACUAGAAACAGAGCAACCUGAACUUUUAAAUGCAAUAACGCAAAUUGCGUUACAUGGUGGCUCUGCGGAUUCUCUUCGUCGAUCAGAAACAAUAAGAACGUGCAAAACACUUAGUCAAUUGCAGGCUCAUCUUCUUGAAAAGGGAAUAACAAUAUCUAGAAGUGCAACUUAUUUGCGUUUAUUGCCGAGAAAUUCAGCUACGAAUGAAGGGAAAAAGCAUAUUCAAACUGUGCCGGUUAAGCUUUCCCGUCCACAAACUGAUCUACAUAAAAGCCAUGUAGAUCAACAUUUUUGCAAGGCCACAAUAAAUUGUAUUGAAACAUUAGCUUCAACGCUCAGUCCUGAAGAGGUUGCUUUUCUAUCCCAAGACGAUAAGGCUCGUGUACCUCUGGGGAAAACUGCAGCAAAAUUGCAAGCUCCCAUAAUUAUGCACCUCGAAUAUAGAGUACAACUCCCAGAUCACGAUUGGGUAGUCGCAGGUGGACAUAAACUUAUUCCUUCAGUCUACGCCGGGAUUGUCAUUAAAGAUGGGCCAAUAGGAAAAAAAACUAACGUCUCUUACUCGGGACCAACUUACAUAGCAAUAAGGAGUGCAAAGCACAACUCAUCAACUGCCUCUACCCAUGCGUUUGAUCUGAAAAGAUUAUUAGAACUCGAAAGUUUCAAUACGAUAAUGCGGAAUAGUAAUGGAUCUAUUAAACCGGUACUAAUAUUAUCAGUAGAUGGUGGGCCGGAUGAAAAUCCAAGAUAUGAAAAAGUGAUAGCACAUGCAAUCAAUCAUUUUAAGGAAUUUGAUUUGGAUGGUAUUUUUAUUUUCACAAAUGCGCCAAACCGGAGCGCUUUCAACAGAGUUGAGCGGCGAAUGGCUCCCUUAAGCAGAGAACUAACAGGUGUGAUUUUGCCUCAUGACAAGUUCGGAAAGCAUUUGGGAGAUAAUGGUGAAACCAUCGAUUCUCAGCUCGAGCUAGAAAAUUUUGAACAUGCUGGGAAUAUCUUGAGCGAUAUAUGGAGUAACACAAAAAUAGAUGGGUUUGAAGUGUUCGCUGAAUAUAUUUCUCCAUCAUUAAAUGAAAAUUUAGAAUCACCUGAAGUUCCAAGUCCAACAUGGUAUUGUAAACAUGUUUUUGAAAGUCAAUACUUUCUACAGAUUAUUAAAUGUGAUAAUGUUAGCUGCUGCCAACCUCUUCGAAGCGACUUGAAGAAAGUAUUAAUCUUUGGACGACUUCCGCCGCCGAUUCCUUUACUUCGAGAUCAAUCAGGACUUCGGAUUCCAUCACCUAAUGAGGGAAUAUUAACCACAUUUGCUAGUCUUUUACAACGACAUUCGCUAGAUCUAAAGCCAAAUCACGAUGGAUUUCUGAUUAUGCCGUACGAUAUGUAUUGUCCUUCUGUGCAAUCUGAUCUUCUCAAUAGAACGUGUAAAUAUUGUGGAUUUUACACAGCUACAAAGAAAAGUGCUCAAAAACACAAAAAAUCUUUGCACCCUUACGGAGUACUUGAAACUUCUAGAAUACGACCACUAUGUGUAGUUGCUCGACGUGCUCGUGAAGCACUUUGUUAUGUAACACAUAUUUCGGGCGAAGAAGCAGAAUGGAUUGACAUCGAAGAUAUCGAUGAACAAUUCAUAAAUAAUGAAACCGAGUCGUCACAAACAAGCAAAGAAUUACCUAUUCCAGUUGUUACCUCAUUUGAAAAUUGGUUGCAAAACCCAUUUAUCGAAGAUUGUGAUUAUACAAUUGAAGACAACAUGCGUUAUUAAUUUAGGAGAGAAGAUUAUAGCUUUAAAGUUAAA